CAGCCCCGUCUCCAUAACCCGGCGUUCCGGAACGGAAGGUCGACCCCCUACAAAGAAGCUGGCUAACCCCUAGUUGAGACUCGAACAAAAAUGGCGUCGUCCUAAACAGGCGCCGGGCUCUCGACGGACUCCCGACCUGGUUCAGAACUACUAUGCUCGGUUUGGGGUAGUUCGAUGGGACCUAUGGGAUUGGAUGGGACCCUAAGCUUAGUGUGUUCCUAUUAAGAUGCCCUGAUCGAACAACACGAGAUUGCAGAGGACUCUUUGGGUAUGCGCAGACGCGCAACCCGAGCUCUCGGUUGCCCCUGAGAAAUAGCGCGUGCCAUGUGGGAUAAUAUCGUGUAUGCUAUACCAUCAUAUAGUCCAGAGUUGAAUGAGAGAUGGAUUACCCUAUAAACUAUUGAUACUUAGCGUGUUAGCAGCAGAGAAUCCACGUGGCAGGCAAGGAAUAACAGUGUCUUUGACAGCCUUUAUAAGAUAGUUGCACGCAAGGCCGAUCCUUUGGAAUCUCCCCCCCGAGUUCCUCAGCCAUUGAGAUCAUUCAAGGACGUGUUUAUCCGGCGGCUAGGUUUGUCCUUUCCUUCAAACUGCAUUCUAGCCUAUUACCACGUCCCUCCUCAUGGCGCGUCUCGCAUUCCUUGCGGCUCUGUCGCUAGCCAACUUAGCGCUCGGCCAGACGAUCGAAGAUGGUGCCGUGGCCACCGAGCAGAAUGUGGCCCCGGCCGUUGAGACGGUGGAUAUCGAUGCUGCUUCGUCAGGCAUCGGGUAUUUCCCAUACGAGUCAAGCCAGCUCACCGGUGAUGUCAUCGCCAACUUGACAAACUACAACCUCAGCGACAUCGAGCUCUUCGAUUUUGGCGGGGCAGAAGAAGAGGCACCGGCCCAAAAGCGCGCCGCGCGUGUCUGCAAAACCUAUCCGGGAGACAGGAACUGGCCGUCUCCCCCGGCGUGGACCCUCCUCCGGAUCCUGCUCGGAGGCUCUCUGAUCGAGGGUGUACCGGCCGCGGCACCGUGCUACUCCAACUGGCCCCAGUAUAACCAGGCCAAGUGCGCCGAGAUCACUUCCAAGUGGCAGACUCCCCAAUUCCAACUCGCGGAGCCCCUCGGUAUACAAUAUUACGUCUUUGAGGGUGUGAGCUGCCUGCCGCCCAGCCUUACCCGGACGGGGGCCAAGUGUACCCUCGGAGGCUUGCCGUCGUACGUCGUCAGGGCGACGAACGUAGCACAGAUCCAACUCGCCGUCAACUUCGCCCGCAACUCUAACCUUCGACUCAUCGUCAAGAACAAGGGCCAUGACUUCAAGGCCAAAUCCACUGGUGCUGGAGCCCUCUCCAUCUGGACCAAUGGUCUUCAGGGCAUCCAGUACCUCGGUGCUACAUACACCCACAAGGCUUCCUGCUACAGGGGACCAGCGUUCAAGAUCGGGGCCGGCGUUCAGGCUUCAGCUCUCUACUCCGCUGCCGAUAGGCUAGGCCUCCACAUCGUCGGCGGUAACACUCGCACUGUCGGCAUCGGCGGCGGCUACAUCGCAGGCGGUGGUCAUUCUCCCCUUCAAUCCUUGUACGGAAUGGCAGCCGACCAGGUCCUGUCCAUGGAGGUUGUCCUACCUAACGGCCGGUUCGUAUCUGUCGAUGCAAAGCACUACCCCGAUCUAUUCUUCGCCCUCCGUGGCGGCGGCGGAAGCACCUGGGGUAUCGUCACCUCCCUCGUUAUCCGUGCCUACCCGAAGACGCAGGUCACCACGCUCACCUACAGCUUUGCUGCGAGCGCCGAAGUCCCGAAGGAGACCUUCUGGAAGGGCGUCGAUGCCGUAUUCGCCAAGUUCCCUCAGUAUGCCGACAAGGGAAUGUACAGCUACUGGUCUAUCAACUGCAUUUUCGACUGCUCCUUUUCCAUGGCUCCCCAGUGGGGCAAUGAUUUGAACGUCAACGCCCUCAAGACUCUGUCUGCCCCCCUCUUUAGCGAACUCUCCGCUCUCGGAAUCAACGUCACCGACGCCACGUACAAGAACUACGACGGUGUGCUGAAGGGCAUCGAGGGCACUUGGCCCGCCGAGAGCGAGCAGGGCGGCGUCUGGAACUUCAACACCGGGUCGCGACUGUUCCCGCGCUCCAACUGGGAGGACCCGGCCAAGUUGGCAGCCCAGACGGCAGCCCUUCGGCAGGGUGUCGAGAAGGCCGGCCUGAUGCUCGGGUACAACUUCAAGGCGGCUGUCAACCCCUCGAUCAACCAGACCAACGCCGUCAACCCGGCGUGGCGCGACACCUUGCUGCACGCGUUGCUGGGCGCCACCUGGAGCCAAGAGGCUACGCCGCAGGAGAUUGCUACCGCGAACAAGAAUCUCGUCGAGACGAUGCAGCCCUGGCGAGAGGCGUCCCCGAAUUCCGGAGCGUACCUCAACGAGGCCGACAUCAACGAGCCGAACUGGCAGCAGGCCUUCUACGGAUCCCAUUACGCCUACUUGUACCAGCUCAAGCAGAAGUACGACCCCUGGGGUCUCUUGUGGGCGCCGACGGCGGUUGGUUCCGAGGACUGGUACGUUACCGGCCAGAUCGACUACUACCCUACACAGAACGGAAAACUCUGUCCCAAAUAAGAGCGGCAAAUAUACCCCGGGCAGGUGACGAUUUGUGAGAUAGAGGACAUUAAUCACGAUACCAUGGUAGCGCAAAGGGACUAAGCUUCGGAGCCGGCGGUUUUUUGGACACUUGAGUCACGGGUCUCCUGUACAUAUAUUGUACCUCUGGCAUUUUACUCACACGCAUAAUAUCUUAGAUGCGCAUAUAGACCUUAUAUUAAUGAAAGAUCCUAGGGGUUGGAUAUGCGGCAUUCGAUCACCAAGCCGUACGCGUACGUAGACUUGGUGGUUUCAUGCCGAUAA